AUGUCAACCUCUGGAGUGGCGGUCAAUGCCGAUGUUCAAUCUACUUUCAUGAGGCUCAGUGAGGGCAAGAAGGACUUCCGCUACAUCAUUUUCAAGAUUGAGGAGCGUGAGGUCGUCGUGGAGUCCGCUGUCACCCAGGAUGAGCUUGGCAAUACCGGUGAUGACUACGAAACCUGCAGCAAGGAGGCCUUCGAGACGUUCGUCAAGGAUCUGAACACCCGGACCGACAAUUUCACCGACUGCCGUUACGCUGUCUUCGACUUCAAGUUCACCACCUCUCGCGCCGGGGCCGGCAUCUCCAAGAUGGACAAAAUCGUCUUUAUCCAGCUGUGCCCUGACGGAGCUCCAAUCAAGAAGAAGAUGGUGUAUGCUUCUUCGGCCUCCGCGAUCAAGGCUUCUCUGGGCACCGGGAAGAUGUUGCAAUUCCAGGUCAGCGACGAGGGUGAGCUCAGUCACCGGGAGCUGCUCAGCAAGUUGACCGAGAAAUACGCCGACAAC